AUGGCCCAGAUCCGUGGCACCGCGGGCUACAACCUCGGCCACCAGAACCCGUUCGGCGGUCCCGGCAGCGCAGAUGCCGCCAGCGACCCCAGCCCGCUGGAUGCGAUCCGCGAGCAGACCAGCAAGAUCGAAGACUGGCUCGACACCAUGGCCGACCCCGUGAAGCCGUACUUGCCCGCGAUCGGACGUUUCCUUAUUGUGGUAACCUUUAUCGAGGACUCAUUGCGCAUUCUCACACAAUGGGGCGACCAGCUUCUCUACCUUCGUGAUUUCCGGAAUAUUCCGUGGGGUAUUACGCACCUUUUCCUGAUUGCCAAUGUGAUCGCCAUGUCCAUCUGUUCGACCCUAGUGAUUGCCCGCAAGCACACCGAAUAUGCUGUGGCUGGGUUAUUGGGAGUGGUUAUCACUCAGGGUCUUGGAUACGGUCUUAUUUUCGAUUUGAACUUCUUCCUCCGCAACCUGAGUGUCGUUGGUGGCCUCCUCAUGGUGCUGUCCGACUCCUGGGUUCGCAAGAAGUUCGUCCCCGCUGGUCUGCCCCAGCUUGACGAGAAGGACCGCAAAAUGUACGUGCAGCUCGCUGGACGUGUUCUGCUGAUCUUCCUGUUCGUGGGAUUCGUCUUUGCUGGCGAGUGGAACUUCUGGCGUUUCCUGGUCAGCGGCUUCGGUCUGGUCGCGUGUGUUAUGGUCAUCGUUGGCUUCAAGGCCAAGUGGAGUGCUAUUAUCCUGGUGGUUCUGCUGAGCGUGUUCAAUGUGCUGGUCAACAACUUCUGGACGCUCCACCCUCACCACCCGCACAAGGACUUUGCCAAGUACGACUUCUUCCAGAUUCUGUCAAUUGUUGGUGGGCUGCUUCUCCUGGUCAACAUGGGCCCCGGUCAACUGAGCAUGGACGAGAAGAAGAAGGUCUACUAG